AUGGAGGUGGAAAGGGAGAAGGAACAAGAGUCAGAGUGGCUUAAAGCUCAAAAGAUUGAGAUAACUGUGGAUCUUUUGGCUGCAGCUAAAGAGCACCUUCAGUUUCUUGCUGCUGUUGAUAGGAAUCGUUGGCUUUAUGAUGGUCCUACCCUUGACAAGGCCAUUUAUAGGUAUAAUGCUUGCUGGCUUCCCUUGCUUGCCCAACAUUUGGAGGCAGCAAUUGCUGAAGGACCAUUGGUGGUGCCUCUAGACUGUGAAUGGAUUUGGCACUGCCACCGGCUCAAUCCAGUACGAUACAAAUCUGACUGUGAAGAACUUUAUGGAAAGAUCCUGGAUUACUCUGAUGUUGUAUCCUCUGUCAAAGGAGUUUGUAAAAGGCAAACUGCAGAAAUUUGGAAUAGGUUCUAUCCAGAUGAGCCCUAUGACUUCAACUUGGCUUCCUCAGAAGCUGUCCAUGAGAAAAUUUCAACCCUUGAAAAAGGCACCAACUAUGAUUUGGUGUCGGCAGUCAAAAGGCAGAGCCCUUUCUUUUAUCAGGUUUCCAGACCUCAUAUGAACAAUGAUAUUUUUCUUGAAGGAGCUAUAGCCAGAUAUAAAGGGUUUUUGCAUAUUAUUAAGAGGAACAGGGAAAAGUCCAUAAAAUGCUUUUGCGUUCCAACUUAUGACAUUGAUCUUAUCUGGCACACACACCAGUUGCAUCCUGUUUCUUACUGUAAAGAUGUGAGUCAGGCACUUGGCUGGAUAUUGGGACAUGAUGACAUGGACUCUGACAGAUCUAAAGGGAAGAAGCUGGAUGUUGGAUUUUCUGGAACCACCAGACAUUGGGAAGAGACAUUUGGCAGAAGGUAUUGGAAGGCAGGUGCUAUGUAUAGAGGCAGUGAUCCAUCUCCUGUCGCAACCAUUCCGUUCCAAUCAAAUAUCUUGAGCAAAGAGUUAGAAAAAUCAAAUCAAAGCCAGAAGAUGAUUGAACUUUCGGAGGUGAAGACUGUUGAGGUCUUUUUGGAGAUUGUGGGAGUCAAAAACUUACCGGAGGGACACAAGGGAAGCCUCUUUGUGAUGUUUAGUAAAAAACAACCUGAUGUAUUCUUUAAUGUUAAGCGGAAACUUACAAUCCUAUCAGAAUCUGGAGAGAAAAACGUUGCUUAUUUCCAAUGUGAACCUAAGGGAGAGCUUUUGUUUGAACUUGUAUCACAUUCAUCUUCCAACUUACCACUAACCAAGGUGUGUAAAACAAUGGGCACUUCUUCAUUCUCCCUGGAAGACUUUUUGAAUCCCGUGUCCGAACUUUCUGUGGAAAGAUGGGUGGAAUUACAACCUACUUCUGGCAAUAUGAGCUCAAAGCCAAUCUGCCUCCGAAUUGCUGUCUCAUUUACUGUUCCCAUCCAAGCACCAUAUGAACUGCACAUGAUUCCUUCCCGAGCACACUCAAAAAGUUCUUGCUUCUUCCCGCUCCCUGGAAGGACACAAAAUGCUAAGAGCUGGACUCGUAUCGUUGAGCAAACUGACGCUGAGAUUAUCAGCCUACAAAUGAGGGACUCUACAAAGGCAAAGGAGAAUGAAAGAAGCAUUCUUAAGCAGCAAGUAACUGGUGUUAUGAAGUCUGGUGAAACAUGUAUGCUCGCAGAGUUUGUGGGGACUCGGUGGUGUUUGAUAGAUUCUCAGUGGUACCUUGAGCUCAAAAAGAAAUGCAACAAAGAGGAUCAUCUCUUUGAGCUCAUAGGCAGUCGGAUGGUAAAAAUUUUCCAGGGAAAAAAGCUCGAUUUUGAGCCUAAACAUUGUGAGAAGAAGAGAAAUGAAAAAGAUUUUAUGACUGCAGUUGAAUUUUCUACGGAGGAUCCAUAUGGAAAAGCUGUGGCAUUGCUUGAUUUAAAGUCUGGAUUUGUCGAGGUAAAAGAAGCUUGGUUCGUGCUGCCUGUAAUCAUAUCAGCCUUCAUACUUUCUGAUAUUUUGAAGAAGGAAGGAUAUAAUGGUUUCACUUCUAACAGAGAAAAUCUGAAGGAGGUGGAUGGUUUAGUCGAAAAGGCCAAAGGCUUCCAUGAGGAACCUGAGCAAACCAGUCUGCUCGCAUCUGCAGAAAGUAACACGGAGUUGACGGUGGAUGUGGCUAAAGGAAGUUUAGUGAAGAGUCAAGGCUUGAGAGGUGGUUGUGGCAGUGGUUGUGGCGGCGCAUGUGGAGACAUGGUGAGGAGUGGAAAGUGUGGAGGUGGUUGUGGCAGUGGAUGUGGAGACAUGGUGAGGAGUGGAAAGUGUGGAGGUGGUUGUGGCAGCGGAUGUGGAGAAUUGAUGGGGAGUGGAAACGGUGGUGGUGGUGGUUGUGGCGGGGGGUGUGGUGGGGGAUGUGGAGAUGUUGUGGGGAGUGGAAAUGAUGGUGGCGAUUGUGGUGGGGCUUGUGGUGGGGGGUGUGGUAGCUUGGUGAGGAGUGGAACGGAUGGUGGUAGUUGUGGCAGCGGUUGUGGUGGUGGUUGUGGUAGCAUGGUGAGGAGUGGAAAGUGUGGCGGCGGUUGUGGCGGGUGUGGUGGUGGUUGUGGUGGGUGUGGUGGCGGUUGUGGUGGCAUGGUGAGGAGUGGAAACUGA